GGAGCCUGUCGGGAUUGUGGCGGUAGGUCUCCCAAAUCGGAAACCGGCGCUGCCUCGGGACUCCCGAUAUGGCGACCUCUCUGGGUUCCAACACCUACAACAGGCAAAACUGGGAGGACGCGGACUUCCCCAUACUGUGUCAGACGUGUCUUGGAGAAAACCCUUACAUACGAAUGACCAAAGAAAAAUAUGGAAAAGAAUGCAAAAUCUGUGCCAGACCAUUCACAGUGUUUCGUUGGUGCCCUGGGGUCCGCAUGCGCUUCAAGAAGACUGAAGUGUGCCAAACCUGCAGUAAAUUGAAGAACGUUUGUCAGACCUGCCUGUUAGACCUCGAGUAUGGUAUACCAAUUCUCUUUCAACAGGCCUCGUGGUUGAUGGAGUUUGUAUUUGAUAAAAGUCCUAAAGAAUUGACAGCCUAUAAAGUUGUCCUCCUCAUGCAGAUUUCUAACUCUGAUGGCACACGACCAGUUGGCAUGCUGGGAAAAGCUACAUCCACCAGUGACAUGCUGCUUAAGUUGGCCCGGACCACACCGUACUACAAAAGGAAUCGGCCCCACAUUUGUUCCUUCUGGGUGAAAGGAGAGUGUAAGAGAGGAGAAGAGUGUCCAUAUAGACAUGAGAAGCCUACCGAUCCAGAUGACCCUCUUGCUGAUCAGAAUAUAAAAGACCGGUACUAUGGAAUUAAUGACCCUGUAGCCGAUAAGCUUCUAAAGCGGGCUUCAACCAUGCCUCGUCUAGACCCACCAGAGGAUAAGACCAUUACCACACUAUAUGUGGGUGGUCUGGGAGAUACCAUUACUGAAACAGAUCUCAGAAAUCACUUCUACCAGUUCGGAGAGAUCCGCACAAUUACAGUUGUGCAGAGGCAGCAGUGUGCCUUCAUCCAAUUUGCCACCAGGCAGGCUGCUGAGGUGGCUGCUGAGAAGUCCUUCAAUAAGCUCAUUGUGAAUGGCCGCAGGCUCAAUGUGAAGUGGGGAAGAUCCCAAGCAGCCAGAGGAAAAGAAAAAGAGAAGGACGGAACCACAGACUCCGGGAUCAAGCUAGAGCCUGUCCCAGGGCUUCCUGGAGCUCUACCCCCUCCUCCUGCAGCAGAAGAGGAGGCAUCUGCCAACUACUUCAACCUGCCCCCAAGUGGCCCUCCAGCAGUGGUGAACAUUGCCCUGCCCCCACCCCCUGGAAUCGCCCCACCCCCACCCCCAGGUUUUGGACCACAUAUGUUCCACCCAAUGGGACCGCCUCCUCCUUUCAUGAGGGCUCCCGGACCAAUCCACUACCCAUCUCAGGACCCUCAAAGGAUGGGAGCUCAUGCUGGAAAACACAGCAGCCCCUAGCACAGCAUCACCACUCGGGCUCUGAGGAAGAAAGGGCGCUUUAAAAUCCCAGUAAAUGACUCCUGGGAUCAGUAUAAUUUUCUUUGCUUUGUAGUUUCCAUGGUAGCUGAAUGUGUUCAGAUGUGGGCAGCCAGAGAACACAGCUAUGCUUCCCACAUGUAUCAGAGGAUCAGCGGGCCCAAAACAAGCUGCCAUGAACACAGCUGCUUACCAGUAUAGCAGUACUAAGAUAUCCUGUGUCUGUUCCCUUCCACCUUGUGAGGGACAUGCACAUGGGCGAAUCGGAGUAACUAAUGGAGUUACUAUCCCAAUAUGUUCAUUUUGUAUCUUUUUGGGUGGGAGGCAAAAAUUGACCUGAGGUUUGGAAAAAAAGCCUUUUGACCAUUUUUAUGUCUAUUUGGUAUUUUCUUUUUUAUCAUCUAAAAAAAUUUAGUACUAAUCAUUGUAGUGGCGUAAAUGUGAUUUAACUAAUUUGAAGUCAUACCCUCAGAGAGACAAGCAGAGACCAGAACUCAGCACAGCCGAUAUUUUCUUUGCUUUUAAAACUUCAUACGUUACUAAAGGAGUCAACUGAUAAUUUUACUUCUCCACACUGUCAGAAAAAGACAAAAAUAAAAACUUGCAUUUUAUUCCUAUUGGGUAGAAACCCAAAUUUUAUGGCGCUGCAUAUCAUUGAUGAAACCUGGUACCUGAGAUGAAAUGGUUUUAAUGAACUUGGUGUAAAACACUUCAACAAACUGAAAGGAAGAGACUUGGAGUGCAUUUGCCUGGAGACUGGCCCCUGCAGCUGGAACAUGCAUCUUCAGCAUUCACCUGUGUGUCUUCAGCGGCUCGUCAUUCGCUGCCUCUAGGCAGGAGACUGUUCAGUCUUAGGAUGUUUGGAUUUAACUGAAUUGUAGAUGGUAAGGGAAAUUUGAUGUUGUAUUGUAUUUUUUGUUUUUAAAUAAUUAAAACGGGUCAAUUUUCCAAA